CAGCGCUGCGGUGCUGCACCGCCACCUGGCGGUCAGCUGUAGUAACUGCUCUGUGUGCAUGAGAACAGUUGAAGAUGGCGACUGGAGUCCUUCACAGAGUCAGCGCUGGCCUCGGUCGGGCUAAAAGCAGGGCCCAGUCGACCGGACAGCUCGUCGUGUGGAGCAGGGGAUUUGCAACAUCAAGCAGCAGAAACGGACAGGACAGCUGGUUUAAGUCCCUGUUUGUGAGGAAAGUUGAUCCCAGGAAAGAUACACAUGCCAACCUACUGACCAAAAAUGAGGAAAGUAACCUGUACAAAAUUCAGUUCCAUAAUGUCAAGCCGGAGUGCCUGGAUGCGUAUAACAAACUCUGUGAGGAUGUUUUGCCCUCCAUCCAUGCUGAUAAGUACUAUCCAUGUGAGCUGGUGGGCACUUGGAAUACCUGGUAUGGAGAACAAGACCAGGCUGUUCAUCUGUGGCGUUACAGAGGUGGCUAUCCGGCUCUAACAGAGGUGAUGAACAAGCUCAAGCAGAACCAAGAGUUCACAGCGUACAGGAAGGAGCGGGGUAAGAUGCUGAUGUCUCGCAGAAACCAGCUUCUGCUCGAAUUCAGCUUCUGGAACGAGCCUGUUCCCCGAGAGGGCCCCAACAUUUACGAGCUCAGGUCCUACCAGCUCAGGCCAGGAACCAUGAUCGAGUGGGGUAAUUACUGGGCCAGAGCCAUCGGAUACCGCCAGCACAACAGAGAAGCUGUGGGAGGGUUUUUCUCACAGAUCGGCAACCUCUAUAUGGUUCAUCACCUCUGGGCUUACAAAGACCUGCAGUCCAGAGAAGACACGAGGAACGGCGCCUGGCAGCAGGAGGGCUGGGACGAAGUGGUGUACUACACAGUUCCUCUCAUUCAACAUAUGGAUUCCAGGAUUAUGAUCCCGACAAAGGCUUCCCCGCUGAAGUGAAGAAGCGGCGAGCUAGAAGAUGAAAUCAAGUGGCACUCCUUUUGAAUGUUACCUCUAUCCAGAGCAUCACUAUCAUGGUUUUGACCUCCCAUCAGAGUUACCAAACAUCCCUUUUCUUUUCUUGUCCUGGCUUUAUUAGUUCAAGAUGUCACCAGGACAGAGGAGGCAACAGUGCCUACCAUGUAUCAGCAAUUAAAAUAGUCAAAACCCCUCACAGGCCUUGGCAAUGCUCAACUUCUUUUUUGGGGGGGUUCUGGAGCAGAACGAGUAAAUUCGUCCAAUUUGAACCUCCUGGUGGUCGUUAUGGUCAACGUCUGGUGCCACGUUAAAACUGGUCCACGAACCGAGCUCUUCUGAGUUUAGAACCAACCAAAGUUACUUGAAAAGAGGAGCAGCUGUGUGGUGUGAGGACAGAUAGAAAAGUGCUGCUGAAGCUAGCUGCACAGUGCAGUAGUUAUUUAUUUAAUGUAAAUUUGGACGACAUAUGUUGCUGUGCUGAGGAGUGGCACUUUGAAGCACGCCCUGCCAUUGCCGAGUGAAGUGAGAUAACGCCUCUGUAUAUUCAUGAAAACUGUAUUUCCGUUUCUAGUCAUGAAGACAAUAAAGUACGUGGAAAGAAAUGUAAACCUGAUAAUUUUAUAUUUAAUUGAGGUCUAUUAUAAAUCCAAACUAAACUACUCCUUUCAGUUG